AUGGUGACGAGAUCAAUAAGUAAAGCUCAAAGCCGCAAGCGCAUGUCAAGGAGUUAUUUUCAAUUUGCAGCGAGGCUCGUUUCUGGGAGCAAAUGCUCGAUUUCUGUCGUGAUCUGGAGCCUCGUUGGGUUCCUUGUUAUGCUUCAUUUAUACACCUUAAUCCCACACAUAAAUACACACACCAAAGAGAUUGAUAUCAACACGAGCCAUGACCCUAUAAUACGUGAGCUGGAGGAGAUCGAGGAGGAAAGAAUACACAUGCCUCCCCCAAGAAAACGAUCUCCGCGUGCCGUGAAGAGAAAACCCAAGCGGCCAACUACCUUGAUCGAUGAAUUUCUUGACGAGUCUUCUCCAAUGAGGCACGUGUUCUUUCCCAGUAUGAAAACUGCAGUAGAUCCCAGGAAGGAUGCUGACAAUGGUAGUUACUACUAUUUUCCAGGGAGGAUAUGGUUAGACACCGAGGGGAAUCCCAUUCAGGCGCAUGGUGGUGGUAUACUGUAUGAUCACAGGUCGAGCACUUAUUACUGGUAUGGGGAAUAUAAGGAUGGGCCCACUUAUCAUGCUCACAAGAAAGGAGCAGCACGGGUCGACAUCAUUGGCGUGGGCUGCUACUCCUCAAAAGACCUGUGGUCGUGGAAAAACGAGGGCAUUGUCCUCCCCGCCGAGACCCACAACGCUAGCCACGACCUCCACCCGUCCAAUGUCCUCGAGCGUCCCAAGGUCAUCUACAACGAGCGAACCCACAAAUACGUCAUGUGGAUGCACGUGGACGACACCAACUACACCCGGGCCCAUGCGGGCGUGGCAGUGGGCGACCGACCCGCGGGCCCCUUCCGCUACCUCGGCAGCCUGCGGCCCCACGGGUGCGACAGCCGAGACAUGACUCUGUUCAAGGACGACGAUGGGGCCGCCUACCUCAUCUACUCGUCUUUUAACAACAGCGAGCUCCACGUGGGUCGACUGACGGAUGACUACCUGGACCUUGCCGGGCCCGCCAGCAGGAUCCUUGUGGACCAACACCGGGAGGCCCCUGCCCUGUUCAAGCACAGGGGGACCUACUACAUGAUCACGUCCGGGUGCACCGGUUGGGCCCCGAAUGCAGCCCUGGCCCAUGCGGCCGAGUCGAUGAUGGGCCCAUGGGAGACGUUGGGGAGCCCCUGUAUAGGAGGGAACGAGGUGUACAGGGUGACGACGUUCUUUGCGCAGGGGACGCACGUGGUGCCGGUGGCGGGGGUGAGGGGGCUGUUUGUGUUCAUGGCGGACCGGUGGAACCCGGCGGACCUGAGGGACUCGAGGUAUGUGUGGCUGCCGUUGACUGUGGGUGGGCCCGCAGACAGGCCUCUGGACUAUGGGUUCGGAUUCCCGGUGUGGUCGAGGGUGUCUGUGUACUGGCAUAGGAGGUGGAGACUUCCUGGCAGAGGGUGA